AUGGGGAGAAACAAAGCAACAUGUCCAGACCAAAUUCCUAUCGAGGCAUGGAGAUGCUUGGGAGAUGUGGGGAUAAGAUUGCUGACAAGCCUUUUUAACAAGAUUUGGACAAGUGCAAAAAUGCCAGAAGAAUGGAGACUUAGCGAGGUCAUACCUAUCUAUAAGAACAAGGGGGACGUGCAGAGUUGUAGUAACUAUAGGGGCAUUAAACUCCUAAGUCAUACCAUGAAGCUAUGGGAGAGAGUGAUAGAUAUGAGGCUUAGAAGGGUUACAAAGGUGGCAGAGAACCAAUUUAGUUUUAUGCCAGAUUUGGAAAAGGCAUAUGAUAGUGUACCACGACAGCUGAUUUGGAGGACGCUACAAGCGAAAGGGGUUAAGGGGAGAUACAUUAGGGUUAUUAGGGAUAUGUACGAUAGGGAAAGGACCGGUGUUCGAACCCCUGUGGGGAACACAGAACUUUUCUCGGUAGAUAUGGACCUACACCAGGGUUCGGCGCUUAGCCCAUACCUUUUCACGUUGAUCCUAGACGAAUUGUCCAGGGGCCUAGAGGAGGAACUACGGUGGUGUGUGAUUUUUGCCGAUGACAUUGCGCUAAUAGCGAGAUCGACAGAGGAACUAAACCAGAGGCUAGAGAAAUGGAGAGAAGCCCUUGAAGACCAUGGUUUGUGCAUGAGCCGAGAGAAGACAAAAUACCUUAGAUGUGACUUCGAUAACCAGGAGAUAAGACAAAAUGGGGAUGAGGUUAUUAGCAUUGGGGGCCACAUAUUGCGUCCAAAGGAGUCUUUAGAAUAUGCCCACAAAUCGGGUGGGAUAGACGAAGACGUGACACAUCGAAUCCAAGUCGGAUGGAUGAAGUGGAGAGCAGCUACGGGAGUCAUGUGCGACAAGAGGAUCCCGCUAAAGCUGAAAGAGAAGUUCUAUAGAGUGGCUAUUAGACCGACUAUGCUAUACGGGUCAGAAUGUUGGGCGAUGACGAAAGCCCAAGCGGCUCGAAUAGAGGUGGAUGAGAUGAGGAUGUUAAGGUGGACUUGCGGGAAGACCUUAGCAGACAGGAUCCCGACGGGAGUUUUUAGAGCAGAACUUGAAGUAAGGACCAUCAUUAACAAGCUAAGGGAAGAGCGCUUGAGAUGGUUUGGCCAUGUUAGGAGAAGGGAUGAAACUGCACCACUAAGGAGAGCGGAGUCUAUUCACGUGGACGGCAUACGAAGAAGGGGACGACCAAAGAUGAGGUGGGGGGAUCGAUUAGCGAAGGAUCUAAUUGAACUUGGUCUGUCGGAGGACAUGACGUCAGAUAGGACGGCAUGA